AUGCACAGCUUCUUCACAUCCAAUACGAAUAUCAAUGGCAGAGACGAUAGUCUCUACUUUCUCAUGACACAUUUCCCCACUAUUGCCGGUGACUCUGAGGUCUUCGAUCGCUCUGUGAUGUCUUUAGCUUCAAAUGAUAAAAGCUUGGAAUACAAAGGCCUAGAGAUCUAUAACAGUGCGGUCAAUGCGAUGUCUCGUGACCUACGGCGAAAGUCAAAAUCAGGAACGGAAAUGCUCUAUUCGAACGUCAUACUCCAUACACGCGAGGUGAGCCUCUCUGAAAUUCCAUUGAUUUACGUUGAUUAUUAA